AUGGAUAAGUACUUAAAAAUUGAAAAAAUUGGCGAAGGAACUUACGGAGUAGUCUACAAGGGUAAGAACAGGAAUACUCAACAAUUGGUGGCAUUAAAGAAAAUUCGUUUGGAAAACGAAGAAGAAGGUAUUCCCAGUACGGCUAUUCGUGAAGUUUCUCUCCUAAAAGAGCUUAAGCAUCCUAAUAUCGUUGACUUAAUCGAAGUUUUAUAUGAAGAAAGCAAAUUAUAUCUAGUGUUUGAAUUCUUGGAUAUGGAUUUGAAAAGAUACUUAGAUACCUUGCCCAAAGGCAAAACCAUUGAUGCAAUGCUGAUGAAGAGCUACUUGUAUCAGAUUCUUUUGGGUGUGGUUUAUUGCCAUUCACAUCGUGUCCUACAUCGUGAUCUGAAGCCCCAAAACUUGCUAAUUAACUCUAAGGGCUGUAUUAAAUUGGCUGAUUUCGGUUUAGGCCGAGCUUUUGGUGUUCCAGUACGAGUUUAUACCCACGAGGUUGUAACCUUGUGGUACAGAGCUCCUGAGGUCCUUCUCGGUUCUACCCGUUAUUCUUGCCCCUUAGAUAUUUGGAGUACCGGUACCAUCUUUGCUGAAAUGUGGUUAAGACGACCUCUGUUCCAAGGCGAUUCUGAAAUUGACGAACUAUUUAGAAUUUUCAGAAUUUUAGGCACACCGGAUGAUGAUAUCUGGCCUGGAGUUUCGUCCUUACCGGAAUUUAAGAGUAGCUUCCCCAAGUGGAGUAAACAGAGUUAUGAUACAUUCGUGCCAAACAUGUCUGAAUCUGGCAUCGAUUUGUUAUCGAAAAUGUUGAUAUACGAUCCUGCCAAUCGUAUCUCCGGUAAACGUGCCUUAUCUCAUCCAUACUUUGACGAUCUAGACAAAUCAACCUUGCCUACGGAUCGUUGGAGCUAA